AUGUUCUCGAACAUUGUCACUGCUGCCAAGGGUCUCUUUUCGCGGAGCGAGUCCGAGGACAAUCUCGCAGAUCCUGCUAGUGCCCACGCCCCAACAACUCCGGACAUGGCGACAACACAGCAUGGUACGAUCGCGCCGGAUGACAUUGUCGAUACCUCCGUUUCCAAUGGUUCUGCAAAGAAAAGCAAGCGCAAGGCAGUCUCGGGUAAUACAGAAAAGGCCGGCGAUCAACAUACAAAACGACGCAAGAGGAGUAGCUUAGAAGCCCCCGAGACAGCAGAGGACGAGAGCAUGGAUUCAACGAACGGCCAUGACGCAGAUGAGAAUUCGAAUCAAAAUGCGUCUAAGAAGCAUUUUCGAUUUGGCAGCGAGGAGCCCGCGGCGCCCGUGGCGAAUAUCGAACAAACUCCUCAGCAGAAUCAGGACGAGGACGAGGAUAGUGAUGACGACGCGCCCGAGACAAUUGAUAACUCAGCGCAGCUUAUGAAGAUGAAGGAGCAGGCUAAGAAGCAAGAAAAGGCGAAACAAUUAGAAGAACAACUGAAGCGCGAGAAACGGAGGAAACUCGACGAACGCCGCAAAAUCCAAGCAAAGUCCUCAUCCAAGGUUUCUAGGGAUGUGCCGUCUUUCAACGACGAUUUACUUUCCGAAAGCACAACCACAUUGGUAGGAUCUGUUACCCAAGAUGCGCCACGCCUCGAGAUUCCGGCUCUCCUGCCGGAUGAUAUCUUAAAUGCCGAACCAGUCUUUCGCCCACCAACGCCCCCAGCUGAGGAUACAUUUGCAGCUCCCAAGAAGUCGGCCAAGUUACGCUUCUUAGACAAGACAGAGAAGCCCCCCAAGGAUUUGCAUGAUGGUGACGUGACUAUUCGGGUCCUUGAUGCGCCUUCCACCAAACAAAAUGCAUCAAAACCUGUCCUCGCCCCUAAGGCGUCGAAGAGUGGAAAAAACGUGAAGGACUCGCAAGGUCGCAUCAAACCGGAUCUGGUCCAGGCAGUAGCGAUUAAUAAGGUGGGGAAUGCGGAUGAACCGUGUGGAGCACCUGAGCGAGAGCUUCACCUUGAUUUUUUCGCCUCAGCUCCCUAUAUCCUCAUCGCGAGCGCAGCGUCGCCUACCUCAGUCAUGGGGUCGACUGCAGAGAAUACCCCUUUACUGGGUGGCCAGGAGGAUUCCUCCGCGCGAGCGAAAGGGACCUCUCGGUCGGUCAAAUUUAACCCGUUAACGACCAUCAGCACCUACGGUGGUGCCUCCUCCGACCCAAUGUUCCGCCCAUUGCAUACCGGAUCGCCCCCCGUCAAUUCACAGCCGGGGCCCUCUCGUGGUGGUCCACCUAUGCUGUCCGCAUUGAACAAUAAAUUCCGUCGAAGCAGCAGUUAUGGUGCUCCCCUGAGCGCACCGCCGAAUACAACACCGGCUUCAAAGAUUGGACCACAACGAACUACCAAGAAGGCUCAGAAGCUGAAGCUGCUGCCCGACCCUGUUACCGCCGAAGAGGACAACGAGGGCGACUUUCCACGAGAUGUCUACUCGCAAAUCACUCGUAUUAAAGAUCCAGCUGCACGCAGCCACGCGGCCAGGUUAGGGAAGGCCGAUCGUGACCGAAUCCCUCGUGUCACAGCAUAUUGUACCGCCAAUUCCUACCGUCUCGAUGGCGUGAUCAAGUUUCUCAAAUCGCGUGCUAAGACUCGUGGAGCGAACCCGAAACUAUUCGAUGAGUGUGUCUACUCUCCAUUUGACUACGAAUUUGAAGAGAAGCAGCUCGGGAAUCGGUCGUUCUCAACCCACAGCGGCAAUGGGCACCACAGCCAACGGACAAGUGAACGAAGGUAUUCUGACAGCGCUGUCGAAGUCGAAGAGAACUCGAAAUCCCGGAGAGAUGAUCUCCUCGAGUUCCGGGACGAAGCCGGCCACGCCACUGAUGACAACAACCAGCAUGCGUUAUCCGCCCAACAGGAUGCGCUGUCCGAAAUCGAUACCAAAAUCCACAAACCAGAGGUCUUCCUAUUCGACUACGGUACUGUUGUCAUCUGGGGCAUGACUCCAGCGCAAGAAUCCCGCUUCUUGUCCGACGUCUCCAAAUUCGCCUCGUCAAUUCUGAGUCCCGACGACACUCAGAUCGAGAAUUUCAACUUCUACUAUGCACGCGAGUAUCAAGCCCGGAUAUACAAUGACUUCAUCUCCCUCCGCGAUCCACGCAACUACAUGGUCAAGCUCGCUAUCUCGCACGCCCUCGCCCAAUCAGUCAAGACCUCGCUUUUCGAAGACCUGGUUUCCGAGACCAUCUCCGACACUGCCCCUUUGCCAGCGCAGAUUGCGCAGACCGGGAGUGUGAAUCUCACCCGUAAACAGAUCAAUAUGCAGAUUGGCGAGCUCUUCAUCCUCCGGAUCAACAUCCACCUACAAGGCUCUGUCCUGGAUAGCCCCGAACUCUUCUGGGCAGAGCCCCAACUCGAGCCGGUCUACCAAGCUGUUCGAAGCUACCUGGAGAUGGACCAGCGCGUGAGCCUGCUGACGGAACGACUUGACGUCAUCGCCGAUCUGCUUGCUGUGCUCAAAGAUCAAUUAACACAUCGCCACGAUGAAUAUUUGGAAUGGAUUGUCAUCGUAUUGAUUGGUGCAGAGAUUCUUGUUGCGGCUAUCAAUAUUCUUGUUGAUCUUUACGCGGGAGUGGACUAA